AUGUCGAGCGGGCUCGAGAAGUCGCUCUUCCAGCUCAAGUUCACGACGAAGCAGCUGCAGAAGCAGUCGAGGAAGGCGAGCAAGGACGAGACGACCGAGAAGGCCAAGCUGAGGAAGCUUGCGAAACGCAGGAGCUGCAACGAGGCAAGGCAACACGAAACUAUAGCUGCCACGACGGGCGCCGAGAUCCGCUACUACAACCUUCUGCCCGAGUCGAAGUGGGAGGUCGACCUUGCGCACCUCGAGUCGCAGACUGACGAGAACACGGCGUUCUGCAUCCUUAAGAACCCUUCGAGCCCGUGCGGUUCAAGCUGGAGCGAGGCCCACCUCCGCGACAUCGCCGCCGUCAUGAACCGGCACCAAGUCGUCGUGAUCGCCGACGAAGUCUACGCCGGCCUCGCCUGGAACGUCAUCGGUCCCCCUCCCGCUUCCGCCACUCAGCCCGCCGUCAAAGGCAAGUUCAACCGCCGCCGGUGGCUCGCACCGGGCUGGCGUCUGGGAUGGACGAUCGUCCACGACCCACUCGGCGUCAUGGGUGCCGUCCGCAUCGCACUCCGCAAGAAGGCCUUUGUGAUCCAAGGCCCAAACUCGACGAUGCAGCGCGCCCUCCCCUCCAUGCUCGCCAACACCCCCGAAUCGUUCUACGUCAACACGAUGGUCGAGCUCGAGCGCGUCGGAAAAGCCCUCUUUGACCGCCUCGCCCGAAUCACCGGAUUGAGGCCCUGUCUCCCGCAAGGAGCGAUGUACCUUAUCUGCGGGUACGAAGGUCUCAAUUUCGAAGACGACAAGGCGUUCGUCACUGCGCUUCACAAGGAGGAACGCGUGUUCAUCCUCUCUGGAGCGGCGUUCCGUUUGGAUGGGUUCAUGCGGUUCGUCACGACUACGCCGCUUGAAACGCUCCUUGAUGCGUGCGACCGUCUCGAGGCGUUCUGCGCAAGGCACCGCAAGGACGACGCCUAG